GGCGCCCCUGAGCAUCGUCUUUGCCGUGCUCGCGCGCGUCUGCGCGUACGCGUGGGUGCAGCUCGCCAUCUUUGGCCCGAGGCCACUGUGGCUGCCCGCGCUCAUCCGCCCUGCCAUCCGCGUCUGCGGCCACUUCUGGCCCGCAUACCAGAAGCCGGGAGGAAGCGCCGGCGCCGCCGCUCUGGGAUGUUCGGCGGCGAGGCCUGGGCCUACGUGGCACUGCCGGCGUUCGGGGGCGGCGCGGGGCCGAAGCGCGUGCGCCCCUCCGCGCGGCGGCGCCGCCGAGCAGAGCUGCGCGGUGCUGCGCCGCGCGGCGCCCGCGGCGGGGCUGCUGGCGCUGCUCGGGGCUUGCUGCUGGGCGGCGGGGCCCGCCGUGGAGGCGUGCUGGCACGGGCGGGGCCGGCCAGCCGCGCAGGGGGCCGCGCUGGUGGCCUGGCCGGCCGAGGGCCUGGUGGAGGACGAGGACGAGCAGGCGGUACCGCAGGGCCUGGCGCCGGGCGAGGUGCUCGGCUGGCUGAGGUCGCAGCCGUUCAACCUUCGCACGGAGGAGGCGCUGGCGGGGCACCCACUGGUGAGGGCGGCGGAGGCCGGGACGAUGCCGCUGCGGGUGGCGCAGCUCGUGCUGCUCGAGGAGUAUCGGAGACGGCACGGCACCGCGGACUCCAUCGAGACCAGCGACCUCCGCUCCAUGGCCGUGGCCCUGGCCCGGCACGGGGGCAGCCCCGCCGCGGAGGCCUUCUUCCGGAGCUCGGUGGACUCCGAGGCGGUGGCGCGGGAGAAGCUGCUGGGCACGGCCCGCGCCCUGGGCCUCUCUCCGGCCCAGCUCGCCGCGCACGAGCCGAUGCCCACCGCCCACGCCUACACGGGCUUCCUGGCCGAGCUGUCCGGCUACAGCGGCAUGGGCGCGGUCGCCGCGGGCUUCGCCGUGAACUUCCCGGCCUACGGCCGCAUGUGCGGCCGCCUGGGCCGCGCGCUCGUGGCCCGCUACAACCUCUCGGAGGAGGACGUGGGCUUCUUCUCGUGGUUCGCCGCCGUGGUGCCGGGCUUCGACGACUCCGCCACCGCGGUGAUCGCGGAGGGGAUGGGCCAGAACGAGUCGCUGGCGGAGAUCCGUCGCGGGGUGAGGCUGCUGCAGGGCUACGAGCUCCUCUUCUGGGACUCCGUCUGGGCCAGGGGCAGCGGCCGCGAGAGCAUGACGGUGGCCCUCUAG